AAAGAGAGCUAGGCUUAGAGAAUAUGUAACUCCAUCGCCACCAUCUCCACUUCUUUGUUGUGAUCAGUUAAUAAGUGGAGAGUAGGGUAAAAAUGGCUUUGGAGAACCACAAAGAGAAUGUGAAGGGACGAGCUCAGAUUCUGGCGAUUGGCACAGCAAAUCCGAAGAAUUGCUUCCGUCAAGCUGACUAUCCGGAUUAUUACUUCCGCAUUACCAAAAGCGACCACUUGAUCGACUUAAAAGCUAAGUUCAAGCGCAUGUGUGAAAAGUCAAUGAUUGAAAAAAGGUACAUGCACGUGAACGAGGAGAUACUGGAGCAAAAUCCAAGCAUGAAUCAUGGUGGGGAGAAGAUGGUCUCAUCUCUUGAUGUUCGUCUGGACAUGGAAAUAAUGGAAAUACCAAAACUUGGUGCCGAAGCAGCAACAAAGGCCAUGGAUGAGUGGGGCCAGCCAAAAUCAAGAAUCACCCACCUCGUUUUUCAUUCAACCUUGGGCACAGUAAUGCCAGGGGUGGACUACGAGCUCAUCAAACUCCUUGGCCUCAAUCCUUCUGUGAAGAGGUUCAUGUUGUACCACUUGGGUUGCUACGGCGGCGGCACCGUCCUCCGCCUCGCCAAGGAUCUGGCCGAGAACAACCCCGGGUCGCGCGUCCUCGUUGUCUGCUGCGAAAUCAUGCCCAGCGCUUUCCACGGGCCGCCUUCUUUGCAGCACGCCCAUUUGGAUAUUCUCACGGGGCACGCGAUAUUUGGUGACGGCGCUGGAGCUGUCAUCGUCGGCUGCGUGGAUCCUUCUGGUGGUACUAAUGGGGUCGUUGAACGCGGCGUUAGACGUUACGAGCAACCUCUGUUCGAGAUCCAUUCUGCUUAUCAAACAGUACUACCUGAUUCCGAGGACGCAGUCGGAGGACGUCUGCGUGAGGCUGGACUUAUUUAUUACUUGUCCAAGAGGCUGUCUAAUGUUGUUUCGAGCAACAUCGAUGAGUGCUGCUUGGUUGAAGCACUUGGUUCUGCUAUUAAUAACAACAACAACAACAACGAUAUCUACGAGGAUUGGAACUCGUUGUUUUGGAUAGUUCAUCCCGCCGGGAGGCCAAUUCUGGACAAAAUCGACGCGAAACUGGGACUGAACAAGGAAAAGCUGAGGGCGAGCAGGAAUGUGCUGAGGGAUUACGGAAACAUGUGGAGUUCAAGCGUGCUGUUUGUUUUGGAUGAGAUGAGGAAAGGGUCGAUCGCGCAACGAAAGACUACUACCGGCGAGGGAUUCGAGUGGGGCGUUCUCCUCGGGUUUGGACCCGGUGUCACUGUCGAGACUGUUGUGUUGCGUAGCGUCCCUACGACCAAACUUAAAUAGAUAUGCGUGCGCUCUCGUUAAAUGAUGUCUUUUUCUCGAAGAAAAGAAGUCGAUUCCUAUGCCGGCCGGUACCGGUAUCAAAGUUUGGCACUUUAAGCUCAUCUUCAGACGUGAAUAUGUCUAAAUAAACCUGCGUUCGUCAAAUAGCAUGCCCCAGUACUGGUGGGGACUUGUCGUUGUAUUUUCCAAAUUUGAUUUGUAAACAAUCGUGCAUGAAUAUGGUGUAGCACUUUCUUAUUAUUAUUUAUGAUUCAGAGCUUUAUUUACAAAA